AUGAUGAUGAACCGUGUGAUGUGUUUGUUGGCCGUUGUGCUGUGCUGCGCCUGCGGGUCUACUCUGACUAUUGGAGUGGCAGCCGAUAGUUAUGAUGAAUGGAAGGAUUUUCUUAAAACAACAUCCUAUGAAGACAAGUGUAAAGGUAAAGAUAAUGGUUCUUUUAAUGAAAUAAGUUGUGAGAAUUGGAAUAAAAAUAAGAAUAUUGAUCAUAUAAAUUACAGCCUUCCUAAUUCGACAAAUCCUGAAAUGGCGGAUGUUCCUGAAUCUCAUCAACCUGUCAAAGAAUUGCGUGAAGAACAUGAUGAAACAAGUGCCGAAGAAGGUUCUCUGCAUCAGAGCACCUCACAAACCACGUCUACAGGCACCGUUUCAAGACAUCAAGCGACUGAGAGUGGACCAGCAGUGACACACCCCAUUGAGUCUGCGAGUGGUGAAGCACAACCUGGUAGGAAUGCAGAACGUGCGCCAUUAGCAUCAAGUACAUCUGCACAACCUCCUUCUUCCCCUACUGUUCCUGAAGAAAGCAGCACAAUUUCAUCAUCAUCCCCUAAAGAGAAUACAGGUAGCAGUACUUCUGGCACAGACGCAGCUGAUAACAGUGCACACGGUGAUGGUAAUCUUACCACGCAAUCUCCUGCAAAUGUUGAUGUGACUACCGCAUCAGACGCAGAAGAAACCAAUCCCACUACUCCGCCGAUCAUCGAGAACACUACCACAGAAGCACCAACGACCACAACAUCAUCUCCUGUACCCAACGCAGAGAUCAGCAGCAUUGCUUCCGCAGUGCAGAGCAAGGCUAAUGUUGACAGCAGUAUCAGUCCUGUGUGGAUGCGCACUGCAGCACCGCUACUGAUUGUGGCUGUGUUGUUCUCCGCUACUGUGUACUAA